AUGUCUUCACAGACAACUAAUCAACCAGCCACUGAAUCAGAUAAUGACUGGUUCUUUGAUAUCAUAAUAAAUUUCUUGAGAUCCCCAAGAUGGAAGACUCCGAUUAUGAGUUUUCUAGAUGAUAAUUGUCUAAUAUUUGACAAUGAGGAUGAAAACAAACUUGAGUAUACUUCUAUCCAUAUGUCAUUUAAAAAGAUUGUUGAUGAUCUCUUGGGUGAAUUAAUGAGUGAGCUAGGUGUUACAGAAGACCAAUUCUAUGAUGCUUGUGAUAAAGCAAGUGAAAAUCCUUUGCAUAAAAAAAUCGUGGAUUAAAUCACUGCAGUAGAGAACUUCAUUGCAUUUAAAAAACUUAUGGUCAAGAGAAACCAAGAACUUAAUGAGUAGGCUUUGAAGAUCUUGCAAAAGAAGGAAGCAGCUGCUGCUGGAGAUAACACAUUCAUAACUGAGCCUCAAGCCUUUACUAGUACUGGCGGAGGUGCCUCACAAUAAACACUACCUAAAGCCAAAUUGACUCAGGAACAAAAAGAAAUGCUAAGAAAAUUUACAGAAGAAGAGCAAAAAGCAGAGGAAGAUAUGAUUAAAAAAGCAAUGGAAAUCUCUAUGUAGAUUGAAGAACAGAAGAAGAUGGAAAGUGAAUAGGAGGAGGAAAUUAUUAAGAGAGUCAUGGAAAUGAGUGAAAAAGAGGAGAAAAUGCGACUGGAAAAGCAAUUAAAAGAAGAGAAUGAUAAGAAGAAAAGUGAAUAAGAAUAAAUACAAGCUACCUAGGCCUAAUUCCUUAACUAAAAGCAAGAAGAUUAGGCUGUAUAGAAGUAACAAAUAAAAUAAGAGGUUAAAGUAGAAGAACAAAAACAAAGCCCGAUCAAGGAAUAGAUAUAAGUCUAGCCAAAGAUAUAAAAACCAGAGCUGACAAAGCCAUAGUCAUAAAAAUAACCCUAACAAGAAGAAGUAAAAAAGCAUGUAGAGUAAAUGGCAUAAGUAAAAAAGCAAUAGACUAGUGGAUUUGAUUUACCCCCAGUGUAGAUGAAAAGAGGAGGCCAAGGAUUUGAUUUCGACGGGGAUCUGCUUAAUUAAUAAAGAAAAAAUAUUGAUAAGAUGAAUGCUUUCAAGGAAUUCGACGAUUUCGAAGAUCAUUAAGCUACUUAAGAAGAUACUAGAAGUUUACAAGAUAUGCUUCGUGAAAAGAGAGAGAAAACAGAAUAAAUGUUAUCUUAAAAUCAACAGUAGAAACCAACAGUGGAGAGUAUGGAAGAGCGUAAAAAGAGACUCUAGGCUACAAAGGAACUUCUUAGAAAGCAGAAGGCUGAUAAGAGAGACAAAGAACUUGAGGAAUUCAAGUAAAAGACUAAUAACUAGGCUGAUUUGCACAAAGAACUGCUAGAACUUGACAAGAAAGUUAAAUUAAAGGCUCAGGUCAAGGCCAGUGCUGCAAUGAAUUCCUCUCCACUUAAGGACAUGGAUGACUUCAAUGAUAACGAUCACUAGGAGGUAGACAAAAGACUCAAGAUCUACCAAAACAUGAGGCAUGAAAUUCUUAAAGUAGACAGCCAAAUUAAACAGGAAAGUCAUCAGACAAAGAUGAAGGAUUUAGACCAGAGAAUCAAAGAUCUGGAGAGAAUUCAAGGCGAGAGAGAGGAGAAAAAGAGACAAGAGGAAUAGCAUGAAAGAUAGAAAGUUCAGCAAAGAGAGCAAGGCAAUAAAAAUUUCCUUGGAAAUAUCAAAUCUUAUAGCAUAGAUGAUAUCUGA